CCUAGAUUAGAUGCUCAGAGGACAUUUUUAACUUCAAUUACUCAGUCUACACAUCUGUCAAAGGAAAACUCAUGGAGCUGUCAGACUGUAGAGCAUUGGACAAUUAAUGCCAUUUGGCUUUUUCGAAAAACGGCUAAAAAAUAGCUUUUGCAAAGAUAAAAUGUCCAUGAUUGUAGUGACAUAACAUCAGGCUGCUAUUUGUGUUUAACUCAGAUCGAUAGUUCUUCACAUGUUCGACGACUCUUUAUGUAGAAAGAAUUGUAACUUAGGAUGGAUGUAAAUUGAGUUGCCGCAUGGUACAAUAUUUAAAGGACUUAGAGAUAAACAACAUAAUGUUGUGUGGUAAAAAAAAUAAUUAUUUGUAGCCAUUUUAUUUGAACAAAGACAGGAUUUCUGGUGUGUCAAGAAUGUCAGAAAAGUCUAAAAUUACCAGAAAUAUCAGCAAUUCCUGUGGUAUGUCAGGGAAACUGUUCUCUUUGCAGGGCAACUUAAGGUUCCAAUAAUUAUGUACUUCCAGUAGCUUUCAGGUCCAAUUAUAGCUCGAAAAACAAAUGAGGAAAUACAGGCUAAAAAUGUCAGGAAAUAAUGAGUAGAUAUUGAGUGGGCACGCUGGACUGGCAUUUUUUGUUUGUAUUGCCUUGACUUCUUGUUUUCUUGUUUUACUUGCCUUCUUAUUUUGAAUAUUUUGAAUACUUUAUUAACUAGCGUACUAUUUUUUAAGUUGAAAAAAGUAAAUUUUGAACUAUUGAAAAUGAAAGUUGAAAAGUGUAAGCAUAAUGUUUUCAACAAAAGAGUACGUGAAUGAAAAAGGAGAUAAGAGUGGAAGAGGAAGAUUUGAAUAUUUGCAAGCUCUUGUCACCGAAUUCCAAGACACUCACAAAGAAGAAUCAAAAAGGCAGAUUUUGGGGAACUUAGCAAAUUUCGCCUAUGAUCCAAUGAACUAUGAGUAUCUAAGAAAACUCAAUGUUAUUGAUUUAUUUAUUGAUAUGACAAGUGAGAAGGAUGACCAAUUUGUAGAAUUUGGAAUUUCUGGCUUGUGUAAUCUCUGUCUUGAUAAAGAAAACAAGGAGUAUAUUUUGCAGAAUGAUGGAGUGAAUGCUGCUGUUGCUUGUUUAUCUAGUUCUAAUGAAGAAACUGUUUUAAAUGCAAUAACCACAUUGAUGUUCUUGGUGACGCCAGAAAGUAAAAAAGAGAUAGCUUCUGAAGAAAUUACAGAUUGUAUGAAGCAGUUAGCAGAGUCUUCCAAUCAACGUUUGAAAAAUUUAGCAGUUAUAUUUUUAGAGGACUAUUGUUUCCUCAAGGAUUGAGAAACUACGAAGAAAAGAUAAUGUAAUGUUGCUACCAAUAUCCUGUCACUUUCUUAUUGAUCUUUGCGACAUACUUCAAGAGAUGGGCUUUACCUGUUUGUCAUUUUGUCAUUCGUUUAUUUUAUUAAAAUUGCAGUAUGUUUG